UUCAUUUAAAGAGAGGAGUAGGAGAGGCUGUUCAGCACAGCCGCCGUCCUGUCUGCCUCUGCCCCCAGCCCGCCCCACCGAGAGAGACGCGCAAGCGGAUGCUUGGGGCGACGCGCGCUCCCCUUUGUCUCCAACGAGCAUCAUGCUGGCUUCCAGCGGCCCCAGCACCGGCCAGACCUGCGGCCUGGUGCUCAUCUUCUCGCUGCUCCUGCAGUCCAUAUGCGUGGCUAUUACCUUCCUUUAUUUCUCAAACGAGCUGCAACAGCUUCGAGAUACUUACUCAAAGAACGGCUAUGCUUGCCUUACCAGAGAAAACUUUUCCCUGGAAGACUUGGACGAUUCCAGUUACAAUGAAGAGGGCGACCCCUGCUGGCAAGUCAAGUUGCAGCUCUUACGAUUAAUAAAAAAGAUGAUAGCCAGGAACCAGGCAGAAGUGGCAGCCUCCUCGGUCCAAGGCGAUGCUUCUACUGUAGAUUCUACUGUGAGUCAGAGUGUCGUCCCCAGAACAGCAGCUCACUUGACUGGAAGCAGAAUUGGGAAAAGUGUUUGGGCCACACAGAAUUCCUCGAGCAGAAGUCGUUUUGGAGUCAAAAUUGGCACGUGGCAGACAGCUAGCUGGCCUCAUUCUUUCCUCCACAAUGUAGGCUUGUUGGACGGGGAGCUGAUAAUACUACAAGCGGGCUACUACUACAUUUACUCCCAAACGUAUUUCCGGUUCCGUGAAGAGGAGGGUGUUGAACGCCGUUCCGACCCUGACUCAGACAGCGUCAGGAAUCCCAGGCAGAUGGUUCAGUACAUUUCCAAACGCGUUGAUACUUACCCAGACCCGAUUCUGCUGAUGAAAAGCGCAAGAACUAGCUGCUGGGCGAAAAGGGCAGAAUACGGACUUUACUCGAUCUACCAAGGGGGUGUGUUCCAGCUAAAGAGGAACGAUCGGAUUUUUGUCUCUAUCAGUGAUAUGACGCUCGUGGACAUGGAUAAAGAAGCAAGUUUCUUUGGAGCCUUCCUGGUCUCUUAAAAAAAGAAGAAGGGGGAGACAGACUGAAUUAGAAAAGCCUUAAAAGAAAAAGACCUGGCUUUGAACUGCACAAAGACUGACUCUCCAAUUUUCUGCAUGCAGAAAUGGAGCCCAUGUGCAAUCCUAUUGACAGAUUAACUGCCAGCGAGAGCCUGCAGUUGCCAAGAAACAAAACAAACCUCAUCUGUCAAUGUCUGUAAAGAAAGACCGGGUGCUAAUGGCUGUCAUGCCAUGUAUAUGGAACUUGUAAGAAACUGUGUCCAAUUUCACUUUGGAAGAGGAUAGGGCUGUACUAGUCCUGUCCCCUGAGAACAAUAUAGCCUGCAGAAGCACUACAUACAGUUCAUUGCGCCUGCAUGCUGGGAAACCACAUGGAGCAAGGCGUGAGGUUCUUCCUGCACCACCAGAUGAUGGUUGUCUCUCUUGUGUAGCAGAUUGCGUUUGGUGGACUGAGGAGGUGGUCUUCGGCAAUGGGAACUUUCAGGAGUUGGGUAAAUGGUUGGUUGCCUCUGGCCAGGUUAUUUCCACUGCAAACCUUUCACAAGCAGGAGGAGCAGAGAUUGAGAACUGUCACAUGGAAGAGCCCUCCCAGGACUGGACCACUUCAUACUGGAAGGGGGGAGAGAUAACACUGGGAGGCUAAACUACUUGACAUGUGAACAUUGCACAUGAAUGUUUGGGAGGUGAGGCGUUAAAAUAUGGGGUCUGCUUUACGCUGUCUGAAGAGGAACAGUCCCAGAAGGGCUACACCAUGUGACACACUCCAUAUUUGCUGUUCACCUCUUACCAAUCAUCAUAUUGGUAAAGUCUACAAGAGAGCAGAAUUUAUGCAAGGUGGGCAAUCAUUAUCUGAUUAUACACAAGAUUGGGAAAAUGACCCACAUCGCAGGCUGCAAACUGUUGCCCACUCGUUGAAUAUUUCUCUUUAAAACCAGGCUACUCUGCCUUGGUACCCUAAUUUUUUUUUUUGUUUUUAAACCUGAAGCCCACCUUAAUAUUUUUUUUAAAGUAAUUACGUGACUAAAUAACAUAC